UCCGAGUCGGAAAUCUCACAGUAAACACAACCCCAGACGAAAGUGGGAGAAUAAAAGUCGAACUUGGUGGAUAAGUGGCCGCGAAAUAUUGGAGAAACAUGAACCGCAGGACACUCAUGAUGGAGGCCAUGAAGGAUAAUGUGAAGAAUAUGCGCGCGGAGCAGCAACUCCUCCGCCAGGAGGUCACAGACGGGGAGCAGGGCGCACAGAACGUGGAGCGCAUUUUGGAAUUGAACCGCCAGCUGGUGGACACCACAAACUACUUGAUCGAUACACUGCGGCAAAUGCUCGCGGAACCCUACUAUGACGCUGUGGAGAUUCAGAUCCAGCUGGCCCUAGACGUGUGCGACAUUCUGAUUGCCGAAAUGCCCGAUGAAGAUGCACAGAAUGGAUUGCCAGAUUUGCAGAUUCCCAUUCAAAAUGGAUUACUGGGAGUAGUUGAGCAGGGAGAACCGUGCAACAGUCCUCGUGGUGAACGAAAUGAACUAGGAGCAGCACAGAUGGCUGUAGCUGAAGUUGAUUUUGCCACUCAGAAUGGAUUGUUAGCUGAUCAGCUUGGAGAACGUUCUGUUGGUACUUCUGGCUUGGAAGUUGUUGGAACUGAGGGGGAACUUAAUGAACUGCGUGGAGAGCGUCCUCAUAGUCCCCGCUGCUCACAAGAUCCUGCAGCUGCAGCUGAAGAAGGCUCACCGAGCAGCCUUUGA